AUGGCGCAUAUUCUUCAGCACCACGCAAGGCGUAUUCUAGCUCACAGUAGCCGCACGACGACUCGAUUCUUCAGCUCCCACACAAACAAAACCCUAUGGUCUUCGAACCAAAUUCUUCAUAGUCGAAUCGAAUCGGCUUUAGAUCAGAAAUCAAACAUCAGUACGGUGCUUGAGCAAUGGCGUCAACAACAAGGCAAUCAACUAAACGCUUCUUUGGUGAGAGGAAUCGUCGAGAAGCUACGCGAUUCAGAGAGAUUUCAUCAAGCCCUAGAUGUAUCAGAUUGGAUGAUCGAACGAAAGAUCUGCAAUCUCGUCCCUGAAGAUUUCACAUCUCGAUUUCAUCUGAUUGAUAACGUAUUAGGGUUGAAAGAAGCAGAGAAGUUCUUCGAAAGCAUCCCUAAGAAUCAAAGAGGCGAAUCAAUCUACUCAGCUCUACUACACAGUUACACGAAAGAUGGGAACGUAAAUCUUGAUAAAGCCGAAUCUACUUUCGAGAAGAUGAGAGAGCUAGGCUUGCUAUCGAAACCUUGUCCUUACAAUUCGAUGAUUUCGCUUUACGGUUCUAUUGGAAAAAGAGGUAAGGUCGAUAAGAUUCUCCGAGAUAUGGAGGGGAACAACGUUGAGAUCGAUAGUGUCACCGUGAACAAAGUUUUGCGAGUCUACGCUUUUCGGGAUGACGUAGAGUCCAUAGACAAUUUUAGGGCUCGUUUCGAAGCGACUGCAACGCUUGAGUUGUCUACAACACUUGACAUGGCUGAGGCUUAUCUUGAAAAGGAUUUAAAGGAAAAAGCGAGAGAGAUGCUUUGUAGAGCAGAGAAAUUUAAGGAUCCUGAGUCUUAUGAGAGACUCAUCAAGCUAUAUGGUCAAGCAGGAGAGGUAGAAGAUGUUUUCCGUAUAUGGGACAUGUACAAGAAGACAAGAAAGAUGGACAGACAAGGAUUUCGAGCUUUGAUUGGGUCUCUCUUGAAACUUGAUGAGAUCAACCGAGCAGAGGAGAUGUACUACAAAGAGUGGGAAUGCGCGGGUUUUAAGUUCGAUCGUUGGAUCACGUCAAUGUUGGAGGAUGGUUAUCGAGAAAAGGGAAUGGUGAACAAGGCAGAUAAACUUAUGUACAAGAAUAGGAGGGACAUAGAAUUAGAAUUGGAUACACCAAUCACUCCGUUGCUGGAAGUAUGGGGAAAAUAUUGGAAUCAAGUGAAGCCGUCGGAUUCGAGAGGCCUAAUCAAGAAUCUCCUUGAUUUGAAUCAGUUCUCAAAUGCACUUGAGGUAUCAUCAUGGAUGUUUCAAAAGAAGGUGUUUAAGCUUUUUCCAGAAGAUUAUGCAACUAGGCUUCAUCUGAUCGAGAAAGUUUUGGGUUUAGAAGAAGCAGAGAAGUUUUUCGAAACAUGCAUCCCUGAGAACAUGAAGGAUUACUCUGUCUACGCUACGCUCUUAACCUCGUACACAAGAUCUUCCAAAACUCUAGACAAAGCGGAGUCCAUAUUCGAGAAGAUGAGAGAGCUCAGUUUCCUCUCAAAACUUUCACCAUUCAACAAGAUGAUAUCACUCUACAGUGAGCUAGGAAAACGAAUCGAGGUCGAGAAUGUUCUAAAGGAGAUGAAGGAGAACAACAUAGAGCCCGAUAGUGUCACGAUGAACAACGUUUUGAGAGUCUACGCAUAUGUAUCAGCCAUAGAGCCAAUGGAGAAGUACAAGAGUGAAUGUGAUGAUAAUGUCAAAAACCUCAAGCUUGAAUUAAAAACAAGGGAUGCAAUGGCAGAAGCUUACAAAAGAGAAGGGUUAACUCUAAAGGCGAUAGAGAUAAUCGCGAGUAAAAAAGAAGUUCACCGUCUUUGGAAUGAGUACAAGAAAGAUAACAAAGGAAGUAACAAUGAAGGGUAUCUAAGUGUGGUUAGGUCUUUGUUGAGGCUAGGUGAUGUAAAAGGAGCAGAAGAGGUAUAUAAAGAGUGGGAACCACAAGGACCAGAUUUCGAUUAUCGAAUAGCGAGUUUGCUAAUGUCGCGUUGUUGCGAGGUGGGAGAUAAUGAAGUGAAGGUAGAGAAAGUAUUAGAGUCGUGUAGGGAAAAGAAGAAGAGGAUGCAGCUGAAGUUGUUUAAGGAGUUUUACGGCGCAUGGGCGGUUUGCUCGGCCUUUGCGUUGGUUCCUCCAGGCUGGACAUGGUUUUUUGAAGAAGAAAAGUUUUUGGGUUGGACAGGGAGUGUACUACUGCUCUUAUUUGUUAUAUCAGAAUUGUGUCUUAAUUAG